CGAACGAAACUUCUGCACGAGGACUAUUAGAAGUAACAGCGUUCAAACCAAAACAAACAGUCCUCCUUAUCGGCGAUAUUAAAGGCGCCCGAUCGAGAGUGAUUUGAUUUGAGUUUUCAGCGAGGUUGUCAAAAAUAACGCUCUGUUUCAAAUGACGCAAGGAAAAGAAAAAGAAAUCGGUAAUAAAGAUGGCGAGAAAUUGGCAUCAAAACAAUGUUCAGGUGCUGAGGAUCAGAGACGAAGGCAGCAUCGCGCAGAUCAACACCAAAGACUCCUAUUAUCCAUGCUUAUAUUCACCGUCAUAGCCUGGCUUCUUGGAAAGACUGAUGUAAGCAUAUCAUGGAUUUUUUUUCUGCUUGCUUGGAUCUUUUUCUGGUGGAAAAACACCGCUACAAAAGUAAUUGAUCUUGCUGCAAAGCAAGCUGAGAUUGAUAAGAGGCGAGAAAAAGCAUUGUCGAAUGCCGAAACAACAGAAUGGUUAAACUUCAUGAUCAACCGAUGGUUUGUCUUUAGCGAUAGAUCGUUGCUCAGCUGCAUCAAGAGAAACCUGGAACCUAUACUCCAGUCACACAAGCCGUCAUAUGUAGGUUCUAUAGAGAUUCUCGACUUCACAUUAGGCAACAGAACGCCAUACUUCAAAAAUGUGACAGCGUACGACAAUCAUGACGAUAACCGAAAUAUAAAAGCUUCAGAAUUAAACUUCAACCACCCUCCAGAUGAUCUGAUGACUAGAGGUAAAUAUCAAGCAGUUAUUCACCUGGACGCCGGUCUGACAUCGCCAGAGGCCAGAUUUGUUAUCCGAAUCAGACUCGGUAACAAGGGGUUUCUCGGUACAUACACAGAUGUUGCAAUAGAAGAUCUUCACAUCCACGGCAACAUUCAGCUGGUGUUGUUGUUCAAUCGAAACAUUCCGUUUCCUCACGUGGCAGCAGUGUCCUUAUGUUUCACCGAGGAACCACAAGUAUCAUUCGACAUUCGUUUCCUAAAGGCAGUGCAACUAAUGGAGGUUCCUCUACUAAGGCAGUGGAUAACACAAAUGGUCCAUGAUUCCCUCAAAUUAGCUCUGGUAGAUCCUGGUCACGUAACAAUUCCUUUUUGUAACGAUCCUGAAGUUGUAGGAAGAGGAGCGGCGUAUGCAUGUGGUGUGCUUACUUUGACUAUCAGUGGAGGGUCUCACGGAAAAUUAACAGAUGACCCGUACUGGUGCUCUGUGAAGAUUAACGGUCAAAAGCAAUACACUAGGGAGGUGAUGGGAGAUGAUCCUUGGACUGAUCACGUGUCUCUUCUGGUAUAUAACCUACAUGCAGACAAGCUUGUAAUCAAGCUCAAAGGAAGACGAAAACUCGGCACCAAGUACACUGUGGCUGAGCAUGUGCUGCUGCUUUCGAAUUUUUGCUUGGAGAGUAAUCCUCUACAUGAAAAAGUGUUGGAGAAAUCAUCUUUCAAACCUGCUUCCCUGACGGUGCAAAUGGAAUACACAUCUCUACCAGUGAUUGAUGUUUGCCACACAAUAACACAUGAAGAGUUCAGCAGAAAUUACACCAGCAGACUACGAAAUUUGCACCCGAAUGAAGAUGACCCGUACUGGUGCUCUGUGAAGAUUAACGGUCAAAAGCAAUACACUAGGGAGGUGAUGGGAGAUGAUCCUUGGACUGAUCACGUGUCUCUUCUGGUAUAUAACCUACAUGCAGACAAGCUUGUAAUCAAGCUCAAAGGAAGACGAAAACUCGGCACCAAGUACACUGUGGCUGAGCAUGUGCUGCUGCUUUCGAAUUUUUGCUUGGAGAGUAAUCCUCUACAUGAAAAAGUGUUGGAGAAAUCAUCUUUCAAACCUGCUUCCCUGACGGUGCAAAUGGAAUACACAUCUCUACCAGUGAUUGAUGUUUGCCACACAAUAACACAUGAAGAGUUCAGCAGAAAUUACACCAGCAGACUACGAAAUUUGCACCCGAAUGAAGUUUCAGGUGUGCUCCUCGUGUGUGCUCACACCGGUCACAGCUUAGUGCCCAUGGACAAACACGGACUCAGUGAUCCCUACUGCGUUAUAUAUGAAAACAGCAGACAGGUACGCAAGGUUUAUCGCUGUUUAAUCCUAAGCCCCCAACUACAAGUUAAAAUCAAAAUUUUGGGAACAUAUUUCAAAAGCUUUCCGUUUUCCUAUCGUUCCUAUCCGCCAGUGAAUGCACGUGCCAAGCGCGGGGAGGCCGUGAAGGGAACUCUUAGUCCUGUAUGGGACACCAUGGUGGAAAUACUUGUUGCUGAUUUUACCCAGACAACGUUGUCGUUUGUUGUCCUGGACAAAGAUACAAAUGCUAUUAAGAUGAUCAAAGAUGAAAGAGGCGACUUCAUGGGAUCAUGCAACCUGUCUUUGACUGAGAUAUCUCCCGUACUUUUCAAGAAAAACCUUGAUCUUCUGUAUAAAGUGAAGGGCUCUGGUAUGAUGAAAGCAGGGAAGCUCUGCGUGUCCGCCAUUUUCAGACCCGUUCAAUCAGUCGCAAAGUCGGAAAUAAAAGAAAGCAGCCUUGGACUUCCAGAGGGAGAACCUCCAGGACCGAAAGAUGCUAAGAUUGAGGUACAGACACUGGAGGCAUUGCUGAGAGCAGAGCGAGGAACUGUUGAAAUAAAUAUUUACCAAGGACGUAAUCUGGUAGCAAAGGAUGUCAAUGGUAAAAGUGAUCCGUUUGUAACAGUAAAGGAAGGUAGUGAAGGACGAGAGAAAUUUAGAACAAGAACCAUUAUGAACACACUUGACCCAGUGUGGAAAGAAACGGCUCUUAUAGCCAUGCCUGAUGUGAAUGGACUGCUGCUUCUGGAAGUCUGGGAUAAAGAUCCGCUGUCACAAGAGAGAAUGGGACAAAUAGGUUUUACGACGGAGAAACUUAAAGACUUAGGAAUGGCUCCGUAUGAGAAGCGCUGGUGUAGACUCCGAGGAGUGAAAAGUGGAGAGCUACAGCUGUCAUUCAAAUACACGGCUCCACAAGCGGAAGAUGACAACACCAAUAACAACAUAAACAACAUUGAGUCUCAAGCGCAGAGAGAGAAACCCUCGCUUGAAUCAGAAGUUCCAGUUUCAAUAGGCACCAAUGGCUCUCUACCUUCCACUGUGAGCACGCUUCAUACAUCCCCGCCAAAAACCAGUCAACAACCUCCACAAGAUGAGAGGAAUCUUCCAUCUUGGGUUGGUACAAUGCAAACAAAGAGAAGGUACAAUGGUGGAGAGGAGGAGGUUGGGGAAGUGUUUACACCAAGUGCGCCCUUGAAAUCAUUCUCAAAGGCAGAAACUGAAGGGGAGUACGAGCUCAAAGCUUGGCCACGAAAAAGUGGUCGUCUUCGAUCUGUUGUUGAUACAGUUCGUUCGCUUCGCUCUCGCUCUCCAGCAUCUUUUUCUGGUGCUGAAAAUACCUCAGGGCACGGAGAAAGCACAGGGCAAGGAAGCCAAACGGAAGGAAAAGAUAAAUCCAGGAAUACUUCAAGAGUUCUAAAACGGAAUUCUAUCCGUAAAAAGUUCUCCUUUCUAAAGGAUCGCCGACAGCGUAGCGUUAGUGAAAGCCAUUUAGGCGUGUUAUACUCCUCACAAGAUGACAUGGAUGGUAUGGCGGCAAACAGCAGUAAGAAUCGUGCACUGAAAAAGCUUAUGCGGCGGAGCAGUGAGAAUAUAACUGGUUCAACGACCCUUAGGCGCGAAAGAAGUCCUGAGAAAUGCUUUCACUCUUUGCCGAACAGCCCUAUCUCCAUUACGUCGGGCAGAGAUCAUUUUAAACGCAAUGUUGGUCAACGAAACUCACGAAGCACUGCUUCUUGUAGCUCUAAUUCCCAAGGAUCAAGUACAACUCAAGAGAAGUGUCCCGCGUGUGAUUUCAACGUUUUAAUUUUGAGUGAAUGUCCGGACUGCAAAGAAUCACAGCAGAAAAACUCUGUGCAUCCUUCACCCCACGAAAGACUGAUACUUUAUAUCUCUCGCGGCCAAUUGCCAUGGCUGACCUGGCAAGAGAACACUCAGUACAAUAUAGCCAAAUCAUGUGGCCCAGUGUAUCAUUCUUUUCUCUACGACUUGCCGAAUUUAUUUCCUUACUUCAAGAUGUUCAUUUUUCUAGAAAUAAAAGAAAGCAGCCUUGGACUUCCAGAGGGAGAACCUCCAGGACCGAAAGAUGCUAAGAUUGAGGUACAGACACUGGAGGCAUUGCUGAGAGCAGAGCGAGGAACUGUUGAAAUAAAUAUUUACCAAGGACGUAAUCUGGUAGCAAAGGAUGUCAAUGGUAAAAGUGAUCCGUUUGUAACAGUAAAGGAAGGUAGUGAAGGACGAGAGAAAUUUAGAACAAGAACCAUUAUGAACACACUUGACCCAGUGUGGAAAGAAACGGCUCUUAUAGCCAUGCCUGAUGUGAAUGGACUGCUGCUUCUGGAAGUCUGGGAUAAAGAUCCGCUGUCACAAGAGAGAAUGGGACAAAUAGGUUUUACGACGGAGAAACUUAAAGACUUAGGAAUGGCUCCGUAUGAGAAGCGCUGGUGUAGACUCCGAGGAGUGAAAAGUGGAGAGCUACAGCUGUCAUUCAAAUACACGGCUCCACAAGCGGAAGAUGACAACACCAAUAACAACAUAAACAACAUUGAGUCUCAAGCGCAGAGAGAGAAACCCUCGCUUGAAUCAGAAGUUCCAGUUUCAAUAGGCACCAAUGGCUCUCUACCUUCCACUGUGAGCACGCUUCAUACAUCCCCGCCAAAAACCAGUCAACAACCUCCACAAGAUGAGAGGAAUCUUCCAUCUUGGGUUGGUACAAUGCAAACAAAGAGAAGGUACAAUGGUGGAGAGGAGGAGGUUGGGGAAGUGUUUACACCAAGUGCGCCCUUGAAAUCAUUCUCAAAGGCAGAAACUGAAGGGGAGUACGAGCUCAAAGCUUGGCCACGAAAAAGUGGUCGUCUUCGAUCUGUUGUUGAUACAGUUCGUUCGCUUCGCUCUCGCUCUCCAGCAUCUUUUUCUGGUGCUGAAAAUACCUCAGGGCACGGAGAAAGCACAGGGCAAGGAAGCCAAACGGAAGGAAAAGAUAAAUCCAGGAAUACUUCAAGAGUUCUAAAACGGAAUUCUAUCCGUAAAAAGUUCUCCUUUCUAAAGGAUCGCCGACAGCGUAGCGUUAGUGAAAGCCAUUUAGGCGUGUUAUACUCCUCACAAGAUGACAUGGAUGGUAUGGCGGCAAACAGCAGUAAGAAUCGUGCACUGAAAAAGCUUAUGCGGCGGAGCAGUGAGAAUAUAACUGGUUCAACGACCCUUAGGCGCGAAAGAAGUCCUGAGAAAUGCUUUCACUCUUUGCCGAACAGCCCUAUCUCCAUUACGUCGGGCAGAGAUCAUUUUAAACGCAAUGUUGGUCAACGAAACUCACGAAGCACUGCUUCUUGUAGCUCUAAUUCCCAAGGAUCAAGUACAACUCAAGAGAAGUGUCCCGCGUGUGAUUUCAACGUUUUAAUUUUGAGUGAAUGUCCGGACUGCAAAGAAUCACAGCAGAAAAACUCUGUGCAUCCUUCACCCCACGAAAGACUGAUACUUUAAUGAUUUAAAAACAAUGGUGGAAAUACGAAUUUGUUGAUGCUGAGAUGAAUUUGCUCCUUUGAAGUGCAAGGCAUUACAGUGGCACAAUUUUUUUUAAAAUGAAAAUGACGAAAAUGACCAAAUCAAAGUGGCUGUGAGCC